AUGCUCCCCAAAAUUAACAGGCUGAUAACUGUAACUCAGACCUUGUCACACGAGAACAGCAGACUUUCAGGUGAGCUGAAGGGCAAAAACGAAGCCCUUCAACAGAGCCUCACUGUGUUUAUUGACGAGCUCGAUACGAAGAACGCUGAAACCAGCGGGCUGAAGGCCGAACUGGAUGCGUUAAAGGCCGCUAAGGCAGUACCUUGCCCGACACCAGCCCAACAGCAAACAUAUGCCGCUAAGGCAGCAUCAAGAAUCGUAGCCGCGCCAAAGACCGUAAGCGCACCCCUAGUUAAGUCCAAAAGGACGGUCGAGAGGGACCGACUUAAUAAAAGCAGAAAAGUCAAAGCAACAUCUCGCUUCCUAAUCGAGAUCCCGCAAGAUAUGACAGUUGCGAACGCAAAAGUGGGAGUUUGGCCGACUGUAAGGGCGAAGUGCAGUAACCCUAAAGCCGAAACCAUAGUUAGUGGAAAGUCACUAGUAAUCAUCCCUGAUAUAAUACGUUAUAUAAUAAGUUGGUGGUGA